AGGAACAUAGAUAUUUGUCCUGAGUGUGGAAACUUGAAGCAGAAACACGUCCUUUGUGGCUACUGUUAUGCAAAGGUCAAAGCAGAAACUCGACUGAUCCGGAUAGAAAUAGGUAAAAAGGAAGGAGGACCAUUUAAUGCUCCAACUGUAGAGACUGUCAUCCUUUAUGAUGGAGAAAAGCCCACAGGAAAAGAUGAAGGCAAGCGGAUCAUUGAAAGAGCAAGGAAGCGUCCAUCCUGGUUUGCUCAAAAUUGA